AUGUUUUUAAUUUUUGUGAUUGCAAAUAUUCACUUCAUUAAAACAUAGAAUUGUAAUUCAUUUGAUGAAGAAAUGAUUUUGGGAGAUUAUUAUUAUAAAGUUGAAGGUUAGACAAUGGUAAAGCUACAAUAUAAAUCGUAUGUAUUAUUGAUUGAUCAAUUUAGGAAGAAUGCCUUUCAAACUAUAAGAUUGAUAAUAUUUAAUUAAAAUUUGAAUCAGGAUUAGUAGAUAAUCUUUAUUGUUUAUACUAAACUUAGAUUUAUCUGAAUUAAUCACUUUAAAUUAAUAAAGAUUAUAAUAUAACAUUGGGAAAGAAAUAAUUAAUUUUGAGAUUACCUGAUAAAAAGGGUCAAUAACCAUUUUCAUUAUUGAAUUAAUUUGGAAAUUCUUAUAUAUUGAAUUAAUAGUCAAUUAUAAAUUUAAUGAUGGAAGAGUCUUAAGUAACAAGCUUCAAAAUUGAAUCAAUAAAAUUAAUUUUGAUACAUAAAUGUAAUAUUAACAAAAUUGUUAAACAUUUAUCAGAUAAUCUUGACUUUUGGUUAGUAAUGAUUGGAGAUGUUAAUUGUUAAAUGUAACUAACUCAUUUGUAAUAUGACUAUUUUAUAUCCUAACUAGAAAGUAAGGAAAUAACAUUUUUAAAGGGAAACUAAUUUAUUAAAAGCAAAUCUAGAAUUGAGUUUCAAAUUCAUAAUUCAAGUUUUCUAUAAUUCAAAUCAUAUAAGGAUGAUGAAUUGAUAUUUCAGGAAACCAUAAUGAAAUCUGUUUUGGUUUAAACAAGCGAUAAUUGUAUCCCUUUUGGUUAAAGAAUAAGUUUAGGAUAUUAUUAUACAAAUUAUGACCAAUCUGAUGAUAUAAUAGAUAUCACCUAUAAUACUUAAGUAAUUUAAUGGCAAUAUAUAGUCUUAUUGUCCACAAGGGUUCUUGCAUAUUUUUGAUGAGAAUGGGAUCGAUUAAUGGAUUAAAAUUAGAGAGACUAGGAUUUUGAAUAUGAGUAAAGUUUAUGAAAAUUCUUCACAUUAAUUCAGCUAUGUAACUUACAUAAACAUAGUAUCUUUGAAUUCAUACACAAUUCAAAGAAUGGGUUAGAUCUAUUACUAUGAAAUAUAUGGGGCUAUCGAUAUAAAAAGUAGUAAGUAUCAAUUUAAGGUACCUUUAAAAUAAGAUGAUUAAAAAAUCCACAAAAUAAUAUUUUUUGGAGACAUGGAUUCAAAUUGGACAGGUAAUAAAUCAAGAGAAACUUUUGAUUGGUUUGAAUCAAUACAAUACAAUUAAAGUGAUUAUGAUGUAUUGAUAUUUGAAGGAGAUAUGGCAUAUGAUUUAGAGUCUUUAGAUUGUUAAUAAGGUGAUUGGUGGUUGAGGAAUAUGACUACAUUUAGUUCAUACUAUCCUUUAUUAUCUACUCCUGGGAAUCAUGACUCAGGAGCUAAUCAUGAAUUUGAUUUUUAUAGAAUGUCUUUUUUAUCUCCCGAGAAAUCUUAAUAUAAUACAAGGAAAAACUAUUAUAAUUUUUACAGUGUUGAUUUGGGUUUGGUUCAUUAUAUAUUUUACAAUCCAACAAAUGUGGUAUAUAAUGACAGUAAUUAAUAAGAAAUAGAUGAAAUGGUUUAAAUAAUGAAGAAUGAUUUAGAUUAAGCUAAUUAGAAUAGAGAGAAUGUUCCUUGGAUAAUAGUUAAUAGUCAUUUUCCAAUGUAUUGUAGUGAUUCUAGUGAUGAUUAAUGUUCUUAGAAUUUUAUAGCUCUUAGACCAUUUGCUGAUUUAUUCUCGUAAUAUAAUGUGGCUAUUUAUAUGUCGGCUCAUUAACAUAAUUAUGAGAGAGAUGCUCCUUUUAUUAAUAAUUAAUCUUAAGUCAAUACUGGAUUAAUUACAGAUGGACCAUAAUAACAUUUAAUUAAGAAUUCUGCUGCUCCAAUCUACAUAGUUGAAGGUUCUGCUGGACAAGAAUAUUAUACACCAUUAGUUCCAUGUAAAAUAUUUCUAUUAUUUAUUUAGAUGAAUCUUAACCUUACACUAUUUAUUAAACUGGAUAUAACGAUGGGAUUGGUAUUAUGACUAUUCAUAAUUCUACUCAUAUUUAUUUCGAAUAAAUUGAUCUAGUCACCAAAGAAGUCGUUGAUUACUUUUGGUGUGUUUAAGAACGUCAAAAUUAUGUUAAUAAGGCUUUAAAUAUCUUCUUAUGGACUCUAUUAGGAUUAUUUAUACUAACUAUAUUAGGAAUUGGAGUCUUUUAUUUAAUUAGAAGGCAGAAAAUUAAAGAACAAUUAUUACCUUGA